AUGCGAGAAAGCUCUUCCAACUGGGACUUUGGCAAUGUUAGAGAUGAAGUUCGUACACGUGUCAAAAACCUUGCCGAAUCGCCCCAGCUGAAAGAGAAGUAUCUCUUCUACCUCCAAGCAGCAGAGGAAUUCGAAUUAGAUGGUGUAACAGUUGAGGACUUCUACGACUGGAUCAUGGAACCAUUCUUAUCCCUGCCCCGUAGCAUACCACCUCCAGACCGAAACAAGACGCCGACUCUUCAAGAUUUCUUUCACCCCAAAACAUUCCUAAUUUCGUUACAUUGGAAUUUAAUACUGCUCUCUACGUAA